CCCUUUGUCAAACAACACGUUCUAUCAUCAUUCUCUUCCCCCAUGACUUUGGAACUUUCUUCCAAAUACUACUAUUAAGCAAUACUAUCAGUUUUCUUAACCCCACAAACAUUUGUCAUACACGUCUUAGGCUUAAUUCAUUCACUCCAAUGGCUGUUUUCUCGACCAAACAGCUGAGUACUUCAACUCUGACCACCACAUUCAUCAUCUUCUUUGUUCGCUCUGAAUUCGCGGGACUCGGUAGCCUGAGAGUUUCUCCUUCUGAAUUCAUAGGCUCGGUGACCACAGUAGGCGAUGUUUUGCAAAACGUUACCUCCAUUCUCAAGUCUGAGUUCGUCAGCAAUGUCAACAAUAAUGAGUUUCAUCUUUAUGAUGCCGCCGCCAUUUUUGCCUGUCUCGAUUUGUUAGACUUGUCAGCUGAUGAACUCAGCUGGUCCAUUUCCGCUGUUCAAAGUCCCCAAGGGAAUGAUAACAGUACUGGUAAUCUGAGCUCUGAUUUGAGGACAUGGCUGAGCGCUGUACUAGCGAAUACAGAUACAUGCAUGGAAGAUUUUGAAGGUACAAAUGGUAAUGUGAAGGGUUUAAUAUCCACAGAAAUUGAUCAAGCAAAGUGGUUACUCCAAAAGCUACUGACCCAGGUGAAGCCAUAUGUGAAUGAUUUCAGCAGUAGAAAUAGUAGGGAUAAAUUUCCUUCAUGGGUUGAAGCAGAGGAUAAGUUGUUGCUGCAGACAAAUGUGGUGUCUGCGGAUGCUGUAGUUGCUGCCGAUGGGACUGGGAAUUUUACUAAGGUGAUGGAUGCUGUGGAAGCAGCACCUGUUUAUAGCAUGAAACGCUUUGUGAUUCACAUAAAGAAAGGUGUUUACACCGAGAAUGUUGUGAUUAAGAAGAAGAAGUGGAACCUUGUGGUGAUUGGUGAGGGUAUGGAUGUCGCUAUUAUCUCCGCUAAUCUGAGUCGUAAUGAAAAUUUGACCACAUUCAAGACAGCUACCUUUGCUGUGAAUGGCAGAGGAUUCAUAGCAAAAGGCAUUACCUUCAGGAACACUGCAGGACCCAAAAGAAACCAAUCUGUUGCUCUAAGAUCAGACUCAGACCUCUCUGUGUUCUAUCGAUGUGGGAUUUAUGGCUACCAAGACAGCCUCUACGCCCACUCCUUGCGCCAAUUCUACAGAGAAUGCAAAAUCAGUGGCACGGUGGAUUUCAUAUUCGGCCAUGCCAAUGCAGUGUUCCAAAACUGCACAAUAUUGGCCAAGAAAGGCUUACAAAGCCAGAAGAACACAAUCACAGCUCAAGGCGAAACGUACGCCGAUCAAUCGUCUGGUUUCACCAUCCAAUUCUGCAACAUUUCAGCGGAUUAUGACCUUCUGCCCUAUCUUAAUACCACCUCAACGUACCUCGGAAGGCCGUGGAAGCCGUAUUCUAGAACAAUUUUCAUGCAGUCCUACAUCAGUGAGGUGUUAAAUCCUAAAGGGUGGCUAGAGUGGAAUGGAACAAUGUAUUUGGACACUUUGUACUAUGCUGAGUACAAGAAUUUUGGACCAGGAGCUAGGCUUGAUAAUAGAGUUAAAUGGCCAGGGUACCAUGUGAUGAAUGAUUCUAGCCAAGCUUUUAACUUCACUGUGACCAAUCUUAUUUUGGGGGAACUAUGGCUACCUUCAACUGGUGUAACAUUCAUUCCUGGACUUUGAGAUUGAAAACACUGCCACACAUUUUUCCUUUGCUGAUGAUCAAACUUCGACAAGUGAUUAUCAUUUAGAUCAAAGAAGAAAAUAGUAAUUAUAAAAUAAUUGCAGAGAUUAUUAUAGUUUGGUGUUUACUUUAUUAAUUAGUACUUGAUGAUUAUUUAAUGCAUGUUUGGUUUGUUGGCUUCGUGAUGAGUCAAGUUCGUGUUCAGCUGAUCAAGGUUAAUUACUCUAUGAUUCUUAUAAGCUUAUCUUUAAUUUUAACGUGAAAAUUAAGUAGAUAA